CGCUUGUCACCCUCCGUCAAGUCAACGGAGUGCCCAGCGACGCGCUCCCGUCCGGUUUAACUCAUACCACACAACCACAUAGAUGAUAUAUCGCGUUCAGCUUUUAAAUGCAUCUUUAGUUUACGUAAAAUGUUUGCGUUGAAUGCAAAUUUUGUGCUGAUGUCAAAUCCGCGCGCGUGACUACCACGUAACGAUGCAUUCCAUUUACAUUUAAGUGUUAUUAGGAACAUCGAAAAUGCACCUACAUUUCGAGAGGAACGUGAACGCUAAAUGCGACUGCACAAUAUUGUCGCUGUCGUGGAUGGGGAAGGUACCCGACGAGUUGCCGGAGGAGGAGGGUUGGAAGUUGAACCGCAACAACUACUACCAGGAAGGGUGGCUGGCAACCGGCAAUGUGCGUGGCGUGGUCGGCGUCACGUUCACAUCCUCGCACGCACGCCGGCCACACGAGCUGCCAUUGCGCACCAAUUACAACCUGCGUGGUCAUCGAUCCGAUGUAAUUUUGGUGAAAUGGAACGAGCCGUACCAAAAGCUGGCAUCCUGCGACAGCUCCGGCGUUAUCUUCGUAUGGAUCAAGUAUGAAGGCCGGUGGAGCAUCGAGCUGAUCAAUGAUAGGAGUACACCCGUCACGCACUUCUCUUGGUCACACGACGGCCGCAUGGCACUCAUCUGUUACCAGGAUGGUUUCGUAUUGGUGGGGUCUGUGGCUGGACAGCGGUACUGGUCUUCCAUGUUGUCCCUGGACGCGCGUAUUACCUGCGGUUGCUGGACACCCGACGACAACCAAGUGUAUCUUGGCACAGCUUCCGCCCAACUGGUAGUGAUGGACGUCCACGGAGCUAUGGUCUCGCAGGUGCAACUUGUUGCUGAAGGCGGUAUAACGUCAAUGGCAUGGUCGUGCGAAAAGUUCAAGAUGGAGGAGGGCGAGGAAAGCACUGAGAGCAACGGCGGCCACGUUCUGGCCGUCGCUUUAGGGAACGGUGAAAUUGUUUUGUUGCGAGGCCACGACGACGUCAGUCCUGUUCGGGUGCAUACUGGACUAAGGGGCAAUACACUGGCCAUGGAAUGGGCUAAUUCGCGAGAACUGCUCGCUGUUGCUGGUACCCUGAUACCUGAAGCAGACGAAUUUCCCGAUACACCUCCAUACAAGAACGUCGUUAAAUUCUACUCAGACACAGGAGUUCUUAUUUACACUGUGCCAAUACCAUACACACAGGCGCGCGUGUCGGCGCUGACGUGGGGGCACGCGGCGCGGCGGCUGUUCGUGGGCGUGGGUGGCGCCGUGUGCACGGCGCGCGUGUGGCGCGUCGUGGCGCCGCUGCAACUGUUGGCGCGCGUGCGCGCCGCGCAGGCAUUGCGCGAACCGCGCCUCGCCGCGCUGCUGCCGCUGCCGCCGCGCCUGCAGCCAGCGCUCGCGAAUCUCUUCGCUCACACCAUACGGUGCACGGUGCCUGAGAGCAGCGAGCUGCGGAGGUUCGUGUCGCGGCCGCCAGCAGCCGGUGGACGGCUGCACUGCACCAUGUUGCGGCACGACGACGAGGAGGCCGGCGCCUAUACGCUCUACCUCGAGCACCUCGGCGGCCUAGUUCCACUGCUCAAGGGCCGCCGCACCAGCAAGAUCAGGCCCGAGUUCGUCAUCUUUGACCCACAGGCUGAAGAGGGCGCAAGCAAGUCGGCGGCGCGCGAGAGCAGUAGCAGCAGCAGCGGCGCGGGCAGUAGCAGCAGCAGCAGCGCCGGCGCCGCCGCGUCGCCACGCACGCCGCGCACGCCGCGCCGCACGCACCACGCGCCGCCGCCCCCGAACACUACGCACGCCUUACAAGUCGCGCAUACCUCGUCCUCCGACACUGAACGGGAAGAAGGUUGCUCCGGUUCACCGAGAUUGCAGAGACGUAGACGUGCCCGUGAAAGGAGAAAGGUACGAAAUUCAAGCGAAAAGGAUGACGCACACGACGAACUGGCUUAUAUUGACUCUUUGCCAGAGGACGUGCGCUUAGUAGAAGUUACCUCAAACAUUUGGGGUACCAAAUUUAAAAUGCACGGUCUCGCUAAAAAUGUUCCCGCCAAUCUGGGGCAAGUCACGUAUAAAACUUCGUUACUUCACCUUCAACCCCGACAGAUGACUCUCAUGAUUACCGAACUUCGAGACGACUACCCAGUCGGUCCUGAUCCCAAUUUCAACCCUAACAUAUUCUCUGAAGAUGAAGAGGAAGUAUUUCAGUCUAAUGACUCUAACAGUUCUCCGUCGCACACCAAUAACAACAUAAGAAGAAAGGUGACCCUCAAUGAAAGAAUAAACAAUUCAAACAAUAUUCUAAAUCAAAGUGACGCAUACUCGUCAAAUAAUAACAAUACGCACGGCCCCUCUUUAGCAAGGGCCGAAUCCUAUGAAGAAUUUCCUUACAUCGAUACUAAUGACACAAUGAACAAUGUACCGGAGAAUGUUUACUCGACGCCGGUACGACACGCAACCCAAACAACCGAUCGUAGGGUGAAUAACACCGGAGUACCCAAUCGACAUGCCAUCUCCCCACUAAGAUGCGAGAGCUCCGUUCCCACAUUGCAAUCGCCAAAGAACGCGGUGGCCCCUACUGACAUAAUAUUUGAAAGACCGUCCCCGCAGACGGUCACAUGCGGCGGUCGCGGUGACUUCUGCGGAGGCAGGGCCGACUACGGCGUUCGCGGAGACAACGUCUCGCUUAAAGGAAACCUCUCCAAUAUAGAUCAGCAGUCGUUUAGUUUAAAUCUAAGUUUAGAACCGAGCAGGCAGGUCACCAUAAAAAAAUGCGAUUCUCACAUCACGGACAACUGUUUGUCGAAAUUACGGAAAAACAUAUGUAGUAGAGGCGAUUCCGGAUCCUAUGAUAUGAAUACUAGGAUAUUAAAAUCUCUUUGCAACAAAAACUACGAGCACGAGGUGCACCCGGAUGCGAUGACUAGGAGAACAGAAACGCUAAAAAAUCUUCAGAAGGGAGAGGACCUAAAAUUUAUAGACGAAGAGACUCCCGUAGAUACUACGAUUAACAACAUAACCGAAAGAAGUAGAGAGAUGAGGGUACAGAGGACUACUACGGUGGUACCGAUCAGUCCGGUAUGCGCCAACUUGCCCGUGUACGAUACUAUGACCCGAAGUUGCAGCGUUGGAUACCUAGAUCUGGUCGAUCCACAAGUCCUGCACGCGCAGGUGAGCCUGACCGCGCUGCGUGGCGAACCGCCCCGUCGUCUCGUGCUCGUCAACAACAAGCGGCACCGGCGGCCGAGACGGCACCACCGAACAACUGACAUCAAGCAAGUCGAAUGUACGAGAACUCCGAGUUUAAAGAAGUGUGGAAAGUCUAGAAGUCUUGACUCGAGCGAGAUGUCAGCCGCCGCGGAAAAGGGUUCGAAACAUCUCAAAGCCGAGGCGGUGAGUCACAGAGGCGAAGGAGCGUCAGCGAAUUCGAGCAGCCGGUGCACUAGUACUGGAGGCGAGGACAACGGCGCCACUAGCACUGAGGAGGGCGGGCGGCGUGGACGACGUGACUACCCGGUGUGCACGCGCUGCCGCCUCGUGUCGCCGUACGACCGCCGCGACGUGGACGCUGCCACCUACGUGUGCGUGGCGUGUGGUGUGACCGCCCCUACCGCGGUCGCCAACCCCGCCGUCGCCGCUCCCGCUGCCGCUCCCGUCUCAUCUGCGCCCCCAUCGCGCUCCGCCGCCACCGACAGCGAUUCCGACUACAGCAAGUAUUAUAGUUCCCUGGAGCAGCUGGCGCUGCGGCUGCUGGCGUCGCGGGGCACGCGGCGGGGCGCGCGGGAGGCGCGGGAAGCGCGGGCGGCGCGCGAGGUCCGCGAGAGCAGCUCGGCGCCGGCCUCGCCGCGCCCCGCGCGCAGCUCUGGCACCGGCGCCGCACCCGCGCCGGAAGCCACGCCGCGCCGCACGAGAUACUCCUCCGCUUCUCCUAUCCGCCAACUGCUCAAUUCUCCGCUAUUAAAUCGAAGAAGGAACAAGAAGCCAUCAGAGAGCUCCGACGAUGAAUACUCGAACGGCAGCGGAUACAACGAAGUUAAUAGCAAAAAUUAUAGAGACCUGGAGAGUUUCCAGAAGGCUCAACUUAGAAAUAAGCUAAAGCGAGCAGGGACGGCUGGUGGCGGAGUGGUGGCGAGCGACGGGCGCAGCAGCCCGCACUCGCGGCGGCAGCUCGUGAUGCACAACAAAGCGCCCAUGUGGAACGAGAACAGCCAAGUCUACCAGCUUGACUUCGGUGGUCGCGUUACACAAGAAUCCGCCAAGAACUUCCAAAUAGAAUAUCACGGCAAACAGGUGAUGCAGUUCGGACGCAUCGAUGGAAAUGCUUACACUCUUGACUUCCAGUACCCAUUCUCUGCAUUGCAGGCCUUCGCCGUCGCUCUAGCUAAUGUAACACAACGGCUCAAAUGAGCACCAUCAUUGUAGCUCAUAGUCGACAAUAGUAUGCGGUUCUUAUAGGCGAAACGGGGCAGUCGGAAAAUAUCACUUUUCUAUUUGAAUAUCGACUUUUAAUUAUAAUAUGAGCUACAGCCUCAUUUAAGGUCUAAUUCUGUUUUAAAUAAUUACAGUUUACUAUAAUCGGUGUUGAUAUUUUCAGACUGCUUGCUGACCAUAGUAAUUCUUGUAAUACAUGGCUGAAAAUAUAGGCUUUACAAAUACUGUCAUAGUGAUUGUUGCGGUUAUAUCAAACUGGCUAACACGGCCUCACUUUGAUCAAUGAAAGCACCACUUUUGCGCACAUGUGGAUGAUGCUUACGUCGCGGACUGAAAUAAUAGUUCAAACAGUCGCUUCUAAAGAACACGCGAUUGAAGGAAGACUUUUUUUAUUUAAACAUGUGUGGCUCCGUGCUCGCCAGUGGGAUGUAAACCGUUGUAAUACAUACCUAAAUACUGAUCAGCGAGCAAACCCAUCCAUAAAAUAUUUUUUACACAAGCUUACAAUUAGAUAGGUGACUAUGUAAAGUAUCAAAUUCGUUGUCUCAAUGCCGAUAGUCGGUGACAUUGGGACCAUCAUCACGGAUACAAAAACGUGUCUUAUAGAGCCCAUAAAAUAAUAAAUGCAUAACACUAUUUUAGGUACAAAUGUUGAUAAUUGAAUUCCGUAAUAUACAGUAAAUAAUUUCAGUGUCACUUCAAUGUUCAAUUGGGUUGUAAUGGAAUUAUUAAAAUUAUUGUUAUAUUUCUGAUGUUGUAUACUUGAACACCAUAUUUGCUUUAAGAACACCAUAAACAUCAAAAUAAAGCUUUUUUUAUGGAUAUUGCUGACCGAUAGGUACCUACAUGUGAUUAAAAUUUUACGUUACUACUAUUGUGAAGGAGUGGAGUAUCAAACUCUAGCUACAAAAGUUUCUAGGCCACCUUCGGUGUACACGAAGACCUCUGACGUAACACCGAAAUAUUAAGCAGUUCCCGUUUUCUAAGAAAUUCCCGUUGCAACCCUAAUAUAUUAUCCGUAAAAUCUGUUGGCCUACAUUUGAAGAUAUUUAAACACUUUUAAAGAUACACUUUGUUGAUCAAAUUUAAUCAGUGUUUAAAUGAAGUGGAUAUUUUAUAUUAUGUAAAGGCCGCUAGAGUAACGUGUUGUACCUGUUUAGUUUCAUUAAAAUGAUUAGUUGAUCUGUUUAUAAAUGUUAUGCACUAAAUUAUUCAUAUACAUCAUGUUUGUUGUUUUCCCUAUUAAAUUUGCAUUUAAAUUGUUUUUAAUUACAACAAAUACAUUUUCGUUGUCCUUAUAAACAUUUACUAAUAGUCGGCCUAGGUAUGUGUACACGUAAUAAAAUAUUUAAUCAAUUUUUAUUUACCCUUUACAGUUUGGUAUCGAUGUCGCAGAAAAUCCUUAUAGUUAUUUAUAUUAAUUUACGUGAUUUGUUAAUAUACUUAUAUCUACCUAAAUGGCCCCUUAAUGUUCUAUAAUUUGUUAAUGUUUAAAACCUAAUGUUGUAUGUACUCAUUAUUUAUUAAAUGAUAUUCAAAAUUUUUAAAGCGACUUGUUGUUAAGACAUAAGAUGCUUACAAAUAUGCUUGAUAAAAUAUCAAAAUUAUCUAUCCAUUUUUAUAGUACCUAACAUAAAAAUCUUGUAUCUCAUUUCUUUUUCUGAGUAUGCGAAAGCAGCAUUCAUAUUAUAAACAUGAGAAUCGGCACCGAAGUUGUUGGUAAUCAUUAUAAUCAAGCAAAUAUGUAGGCACCUUAAACAAAUUUUCUAUCAGGCAGGGCCUGUAUCAAUCAACAAAAGGCUGAUUUUUUACCUUUGUUUUGCAUUGUAUUGCACAUAAUGAUUAUGUUUAUUGAUACAUACUCGUACAUAUCUGUGGUUAAUUAUUAUUAUUAAAUAAAUUAUAGAUUAUUAUUUAUCAAUCAUUGAUUUAAGACUGCACAUUGUAAAUAUAUUUUGUGAUAUUCAUCGUAUUGGUUAUACUCGUGUUUUAGUUAUCCUAAGUGGUAUGGUAAUUGUGAGGUGAGUCUGAUUUGUUGCUCCGUCUAAUAGUUUCAUAUUUUGUUGACUGAAUGUUGUAGGUGCCAUUGAUGCAGAAAUUGAUGGAAAAAAAUUUUUACACACUUUCAAUUCAAGUAAUAUCCUCAGUCAUAGUAUUUUUGAAAAUAUUUGUCCAAUUUCAAGAAAUAUACGUUUAAUACUAUUCAAUAAAAUAAAUGGUAAAUCGGUCACGUAAUCGUGCAUUUUGUAUAAUGGAUAGUUUCAAAACUUUUUAUAAAUUUUACUUUGGGGAAGUAUUCCAUAAAUACUAUCACUGAGGUUAUUUGCUUAACCCUGUACUAUUUUUUUUUAAUAUAAAAAAUAUACAGGGUAAUUAUUAAAAUUUUACAGGUUUUAAUACCACCCAUAAAUUGACGAGAUGAAUUCGCGUUCCACGCAUGUGACGACUAGUGAGAUCUUUUUUUAUUGCUCUUUUAACAUUUGUAAAAAAAAAUGUACUAACUAAGAUUCAAUGUACCAGUACGAAACACCAUUUAGAGAUGCAGUGAUUCCCAUAUACACCUGUAAAAUAAUGUUUUCGUUUAUUUUGUAUAAUUACUGAAUAAUUUCUUUCCAACAAUAUCUGGAUCAAUAACUGUUAUAAUUACUAUUGCUUUUUUUCCAUUAUGGUAUCUCUAUUAUCACUUGUCAGAUGUAUAUACUUACUGUAAUGACAAAGUGUAAAUAAAAAUAUUCUCCAGACAAAA